AUGUUAUCUUCGUUCCAUAGGCGUUGCAUAGGCGUUGCAUAUAAGAGAUCCAAUUCAGACUUCAGGGGGCAGAACAUCAAGGGCGACGCUGAUUGGCGCAGAACAAACUGGGGUAACUCCGCCUCUCCUCGUGCUGCUUCUCCCCUGACCUCCGGCGCUGAGUCCGGUCCCGACACCAAGUCCGCCGGCGCCGGUGCUGGAGCCUCUACCUCCUCCUCCAUCAACCGUCCUUCGUCUCCUACUCCUCCCGGUGGUCCCAGGGCUGCUAUGCGUCGCCGCGCGGCCGCAGACCACAAGGAGUCGCUCCGCAAUGCUAGACCCAGCUCCACCCGCGCUGCUGGCGCCGGUGGCUCCUCCGGCACGAUGCUGAAGCUCUACACUGAUGAGAGCCCCGGUCUGAGAGUCGACCCCGUCGUUGUCCUCGUUCUCAGUUUGGGAUUCAUUUUCUCCGUCGUCGGUCUUCAUGUUAUCGCCAAGAUCACCCGCAAGUUCUCUUCGUGA